UAUCUGCAGAUCAGAUGAGGAGAUCGCGGCAGUGUCAUCCUCUGUUGAGAGGAAAGAGGAGCGGCAAGUUCAGCCAUGGCUUCUCUCCGGCGGAGAUGCAAUCGUUGACCAGCAUCUGCGAGACGGUCCUCCCUCCUCUGCCAUUCGAUGAUUCCGACGCCGGAGAAAUCGAUACUGCCGAGGCCGCCGCCGUCAAGGCGUUUUACGGGGUGUCCGGCUCGCAAUCUCCGAUUCCGGACGAGGUUGCGGAGACGCUGGGGAAGAGAGGAUUGAUUGAAAUCGUGAUAUUGGUGAGGGCGAUGCUGUGGCUUCUGGCGACGAGGCUGGGGACGUUGUUGAUUUGCGGAUCGCUCUGUUUCUGCGAGAAAUGGCCUUUCGUCUGCAACUUCUCGGCCAUGCCAUUGGAGAAGAGAGAGGAAGCUCUGCAGAGAUGGUUUAAGCAUAGGGUUUUCACGCCCAUUCGAGUCGCUUUUGCUUCUCUCAGACUUCUUUGCCUCUAUAUCUUCUUUUCUCGGGUAGAUGUUAAUGGCGAAAAUCCAGGAUGGGAAGCCAUAAAAUAUCAGCCGGACAUUGAUGAGAAUAUGUCGAAAUCCUCCGACGAGAGGCCUCUCCAGAAGGGAAUCAUAGAACCCAACCACGAAACCCUAUGGUCCUUUCGACAAUCCCUCUUACAGAAAGGUGUUAGAGUCGCUGAAGACACCCUUACCAUCGAAUGCGAUGUGGUGGUCGUCGGAUCCGGUUGCGGUGGAGGCGUUGCGGCAGCGAUUCUCGCAGGUUCCGGCCAGAAAGUGGUGGUUCUUGAGAAAGGGAACUAUUUCACUGCUUCUGAUUAUUCAUCUAUCGAAGGCCCCUCCCUCAAUCAGCUAUACGAAGGCGGAGGGAUUCUCACUACUGAUGAUGGGAAAAUGUUAAUUAUGGCCGGUUCAACGGUCGGCGGUGGCUCCGCUGUUAAUUGGUCGGCGAGCAUCAGAACCCCGGAUGCUGUUUUGCAGGAAUGGGCGGAGAGCCACAAGAUUCCAUUCUUUGGGAGCUCUGAAUAUCAAAUUGCCAUGGACGCUGUGUGCCGUAGAAUUGAGGUUUCAGAGGACUGUGAAGAAGAAGGAUUUCAGAAUCAAGUACUUCGAAAAGGGUGUGAAAAUUUGGGGCUUAAAGUUGAAAAAGUACCAAGAAAUUCUCCGAACAAUCAUUAUUGUGGAUCCUGUGGUUAUGGCUGUAGAAGAGGUGAGAAACGAGGGACUGAUCGUACUUGGCUGGUUGAUGCUGUGAAUCAUGGAGCAGUGAUCAUAACAAAUUGUAAAGCCGAGAGAUUCAUUUUGGAAAAAAACAGAACUGGGAGUAUGAGAAAAAGCAAGUGUUUGGGAGUCGUUGCAAAAGUUUUGAGUGAGAACAUUACCAAGAAGCUUCAAAUUAAGGCCAAAGCAACUAUCUCAGCAUGUGGGGCUCUUUUGACACCACCAUUAAUGAUAAGAAGUGGAUUGAGGAAUCGACAUAUUGGGAGAAAUCUACAUAUGCACCCUGUUUUGAUGACUUGGGGAUACUUUCCGGAGUCAAGUUCAGGGUUGAAGGGCAAAUCCUAUGAGGGUGGAAUAAUCACAUCAGUCCACAAGGUUGUAUCUGAAGGAUCCAAAUCAAGUCCUAAAACCAUCAUUGAGACUCCUUUAUUGGGACCAGGGUCAUUCUCUGUUUUGUGUCCUUCGGUAUCUGGACUCGACUAUAAGAAAAGAAUGCUCAAGUAUUCGAGAAUUGCCCAUUUUAUAACGAUAGUCCGAGAUUCGGGAUCUGGGGUAGUAAGGUCAGAGGGAAGAGUGAACUAUAACUUGAGUGGAGAAGACAGAGAAAACCUCAAGGUGGGAUUGAGACAGUCAUUGAGGAUUUUGGUUGCUGCUGGAGCUACUGAAGUUGGUACACAUAGGAGCGAUGGACAGAGAAUCGAAUGUAAAGGAAUUGGGAAGGAGGAAUUGGAAGAGUUUCUGGAUAUGGUGUGUCCAGAGGGAGGGCCAUUGUCAAUGACAGAAAAUUGGAAUGUCUAUACUUCAGCUCAUCAGAUGGGGAGCUGUAAAAUGGGAGUUUCUGAAAAAGAUGGCGCUGUCGAUGAAAAUGGAGAGAGCUGGGAAGCUGAAGGUCUCUUUGUUUGUGAUGCUAGUGUUCUUCCAACAGCUGUUGGUGUCAAUCCUAUGAUUACUAUCCAAUCCACUGCUUAUUGUAUUUCAAACAGAUUAGCAGCAUUGUUAAGAAAAUAGGUGCUUGAAAUAUUUAAUGCCUGCAUGCUCGGUCGUAGUCUUUAUAACCUUAUACAAGAGUGUUGAUGUAUUUACAAAUCAAUUGAAGAAUAGAGGAUCAAGAUAUGCAGUUAAA